GGGGGGUGAGUGAGAGAGAGAGAGAGAGAGAGAGAGAGACUGACUGACUAAACUGAAGCGUCAUUCUCCUCCUUUCUUCCUUUCAGUGAACGCGCAUCAUUUGUGAGAAACGCCGCUUGUCACCCAGACGUUCCUGUCGCUCGGCUCGACUCGCUCCGUCCUCCCAAGUUUCCUUUUCAUCCUCACUUUCUCUCCCCCGGAGCGACUCGAGGAUCCAGCCGGGCUGUGCCGCCUUGCCGUUGGGCGUAGCUGGGGAGGAUUCUGCUAGCUCGGCCGCUGCACCGACUGACCAGACCUCGCUGUCCUCCGGAAAAGCCCGAAGACCCCCGUGGCCAUCCUGUGAGAUUUGAGUCGGCCCCCCCUCCCCCUUCCCCCCUGCUUUCCAGAGACUGACCGCCACCACUCAAGGAGCGAUGAAGCCGGAUGGGGUUGCCCUGGUGGCGUUGGAGCCCAUGGAAACGAUGGAAUCCAAUCCAGCGAAUGAGGCGGCGGGACAGGAGCCCAACCAGGCUGCCAGUCCUGCGGAGGGGGAGAUGCCACAGCAGCCCGCCGCCGAGAUGGACCAGGCAGAACCAAAGCCGGACCCGGCAAAGGACACCCCGGCUGCCAAGACCACAAACAAAACGUCCGGAGACUCUAAAGCCCAUCCGACCAACAAGGCAACGGCCAAGACGAAACCCGGACCCACGGGCUCCACCAAGACCACGCUUGGAUCCCGGCCCAACACAUCCCAGAGCCGCCUCUCAAAUGGCGUGUCUAAGCCCCAGACCAAUGGGGUGGCGAAGAAAACUGUCCCCGCGGCGGUGAAUAAGAGCGCCGCAGCUCCGGCUAAAAAACCAACAGCCCCGGCAGCCAAGAGCAAACUAGGUGAGAAGAAACCCACAGGCAAUGACGCAAAGCCGAUGACCGGAACAACAACAACAACAACAGCGGCAGCCAAGAAGACGGCGCCUGCAACCGCUGCUGGUGUCAAAAGUGGCACCGCUGCUGCAGCUGCCAAAAAGCCCCCAGUUUCCAAGGCCGCCUCUGCAACUCCCACCAAGCCGAGCGCUGCUGCUCCACCCAAGCCCUUUGUUGCCAAGACAACCAGGCCUACGCCCGGCACACCAACGUCAUCUCGCCCUGUCACAACCCGGCCGCCUACUUCCAGCACAGCCAAGAGCUCCCCGGCUGCAGCAAAGACUACCCCCCUGAAAACCUCCACCGCCAAGCCUGCCGCCGCCCGGCCAACCUCCACCACCCCCUCUGGUGGCAAACCUCCAGCAUUGCAGACAUCCAGGAACACCACCCCUGUGAAAAAAGAUGUUACCAAACCAGGCACCUCAGCACCCAAAAAGCCUGCGGACUCCCCCCUCCCUCUCUCCUCCAGUAAAACCAAGUCGGCAAAACCUGAGACCCCCAAAUCAGCCUCAAAACCAGACACCGCUGCCAAAAAGCCUGCCCCCGGUAAGGCCACCGACACAAAGACACCCAGCCGCGCCAAAACAGACACUAAACCCUUACCUGCCAGGGACACGCCCAGGACCCCCGGCUCCAAAGCAGCCGCAUCAAAGACCGCCACCCCGAAGAAAACGGUGGGCAGCAGCACCCCGACUCCAGUGAAACGUGGACCCAAAGCUGCGAAUGUAGCAGAACCUGUCAAGGAAAUCGCUGCCGCUGUUGCUGCGGCUGCAGCCAUCGCUACUGCGGCAGCGGCUGUCGCAGGGCCGGAGGAGCCGGAACCGCCUGCUGCAGAGCUCUUGUCCAGCCCGACCGGAGCAGUGCAAGAACACCUGCCAGCACCAGAACCAGUCACCUCACCGGUACGGGAACCAACACCAGAACCAGUCACCUCACCGGUACGGGAACCAACAUCAGAACCAGUCACCUCACCGGUACGGGAACCAACACCAGAACCAGUCACCUUACCCGUACGGGAACCAACACCAGAACCCGUACGGGAACCAACACCAGAACCAGUCACCUUACCGGUAUGGGAACCAACACCAGAACCAGUCACCUUACCGGUACGGGAACCAACACCAGAACCCGUACGGGAACCAACACCAGAACCAGUCACCUUACCGGUACGGCAACCAACACCAGAACCCAUACGGAUUCUGACACCAGAACCAGUCGCCUUACCGGUACGGGAACCAACACCAGAACCAGUCUCCCUACCGGUACGGGAACCAACACCAGAACCCAUACGGAUUCUGACACCAGAACUGGUGCGCGAACCAAGUCCGGAUCAAGCGUGGGUACCAUCUCCAGAGCCCCUUCCAGAGCCGCUGUCUCAGCCAGAGUCUGAUCACGGAGCUGAACUAGUCAACGAACCAGCAUCCGAUGCUCUGCUGUCGCCUCAGAUGGACCACUUUAAAUUUGAGGAGUCUGCCAAGGAAUCCGUUCCUUGCCUUGGGACGACUGUCAUGUCUCCUCCUUGUUCCCCACCGGGCGCCGUGUCCCCCGUCAGAGAGCCACAGAGCGCUUCUUCUCUGCUAGACAUGAACAUCCAACCCGAUCUCUGGGGUGAGCACCAGGCCCUGGGUCCGUCUGACUUCGCCCCCCAAAGCCUCGUCAAUACCAUGAACUUCUAUGCAGAAGAGGAAAAGGAGGAUAAAAAACAGUUUGAGGAGGAAGAGGAUGAUGAUGAAGAAGUAGUAGUAGUAGAAGAAGAAAAAGAAGAGGAGAAGGAGAACUUGUUCAUGCCGACUGCCGCAGCCCCAUCUGCAACGGCCUUCAACAUGAUGGCCUCUCCCAUGAGGGAUCUCACCCCCAGAGACCUGAUCUCCCCACAGGACAAGGAGGAGGCAGUGGAAAAAGCAGAUGAGGAGAUAAAUUACGAUGACGACGAGGAGGAGGAGGAGGAGGACUAUGAAGAUGAGGAGCAGAGGAGACUGGGCCACCAGCCUUCAUCUUUGGUCACGGACAUGAGCACGUCCCAGCCCUCUGAAGAGCUCCAGGUGCGGCCCUCGGCCUUCGGCGUCUCCGCGGCGUGGCACGCAGACGACCCGCUGUCCGGAAUGGACUCAGAGGACGUGAGCAGCUGCACCAGCAGCCGGCAGCAGGGCGUGUCCGACCUCAGCAGCACCCAGCACACCGCGCUGCUGGAGGGCACCCAGAGCUCCGACGCGCUGGUCGACUCCAGCCUGCGCGGCUCCGAGGGAGACGGCAAUCUCAUGGGUUCCCCCAACGUGGAAACCCUGGCCAACGAGGAGGAAGAGGAUGAGGAGGACGAGGAGCGGGUGGACGACAUGGACCUGAGCUCGGAGAGAGUGGAGGAGCACCACAAGGCGUUCCAGCAACAAGAGCGCGAUGAGGACGAGGAGGACGAAGACGUGGAGAUGCACAGCGAGGGGGUGACGGAGAGCUGUGGGAAUGUAGAUGAGGAAGACUUCCACGAGGAGGAGCGCUUGGACAACCUCAACCGCAGCGGCGCUCCGCAGUGCGCCUCCCCCGCCUCCUCUUGGAGCCAGUCCAACCCCUUUGGUGAUACCUGGGCUCAACCGUCCUCCAUGCCCGCUGUCUCCUCCCACAGCCCUGUGUCCAACUGCGGCGUCGCCGAUUCCGAGACGCCAAUCUUGUCUCCCGCCCAGGUGCGCGUGGACAGCGGUGCCCCGUCCUUCGCCGGCGAGUCCGAGCAUGAGCAGCAUCAGUCAGCCCAUGAGGAGGCAACAAGCUCAGGGGACGAGGAGGCCCGUGUCCCGUCCCCUACCGCAGGCAUGUCCCAGCCCGCCGCGGCUCAGGCGCCCCACAGCAGCAGCGAGACGAGCACCCCGGAGGAGCUGCAAGACUACGACAGCAGCUCCGGCGUGGAGUCCCACUCCGACAAGCGGCAGACCCCGGUGCCCUCUUCGGUCCAGGGGGACAUGGAGCAGGACCUGGGCAUCCACCUGGAGAAAGGCGACGGGGAAGAGGAGGAAGCGGAGACGCUCCCGGCCGACGAGGUCCUCGGCAUGGGACCCCCGACCGCUCCGGCCUCCGCCCCGUCCUCUCCCUCCACCUCGGGAGACGAGGCCAGCGACACGGAGGGCGAGAUGCAGAUCAACGAUCCCGACGCACCGGCGGGAGCCGACGAGCGCGCGGGGGGGUUCGAAAGCCCCACUCCCGCCCGCAGCCUGCCCGCCCUCGAUGAGGACGAGGAGGCCGGGGACGCGCCGGCCGGAGAGGGCGAGGAAGACGGCGGCAGGACCACCCCUCAGUCGGCCAACUCUGUGGCGUCGUAUGGCUUUGACUGCACCACGUCCAACUCAAACGCGCACUCCAUGGCCGAGAGCUGCGGGAAGAGCCCAGGGAUCUUCUCCCUGGAGAACGAGGAGCAGCUUCCGGAGGAGGCCAAGGACCCCUCCCUCAUCAAGGAGCUGACCCUGCCCUCGGCCGCCGGCGCCGCCUUCCACGCAGAGGAGCUGUUCGGCAAACCCGUGGACCUCGUGCCUUUGGGCCACCCGGACGACAACCAGCCCGGCAGUCUCGACGACGACCGCUACAUGCUGGGGGGCGAGAUGGCGUCGGACCACCUGCAGGAGGUCGAUCCGUUGGAGCCCGGCAGCCUCCUAGGGGGCGGGGUGUCUGGAGAAAGCGCCGACGGCCAGCCGCCCUACUACUCCACCAUAUGUGAUAAGACUGAUAGUUUUCUGGCAGGAGACGAGAAGACUGCUGAAGAGCAAUCGCACUCGCGGGAAGACAACCGCAACCAGAACCACACUGCCGCCGUUCCCAUAGCCAACGGCCACUACUUGGCCCUGGUCCCAGGCAACAGGAGGCCCAUUGACCCCACUGUUGCCGCCCAUUUUGCCAAGAUGGCGCUUCCUCCUCCUCCCCCUUCUCCUCUGAUAGAGACCAACGUUGGCGCCAGUGGAGACCAGCUCAGGAAGCUGGAGCAGCACCAGGGGAAGCUGAGAGAGAUGCAGCACCGGCAGGAACAGGAGAGGCAGAAGAGGCAGUGGCUGGAGGAGGAGCGCCUGAGGCUGGACCAGCAGAAGCAGCUGGAGAAGCAGCGGCGUGAGCUCCUCCAGCUGCAGCUGCAGCAGCAGCAACAGGAGCACCGGCACCGCCGGCAGGUCCUGCAGUGGCAGCUGGAGCUGGAGCAGCAGUACCGCAUGCAGCAGAAGCAGAUCCAGCAGCAGCAGCAGCUGAGGAGGAGCCCGACCGGGGUCAUGCUGUCCCCGUCCUCGGGGCUCUGCACCAUCUAUGAAGCCAUGGAAACCAGCGACGAGGAGGACGAGUCCGCAGAAGGAGGGAAGAACAGGAACGCGCAGGUGGCAGGGAAGAGGGGGGCGUCCUCCCGGGGCGGGGCGCAGGACUUCCAGAGGCAGCUACGUCCGGUCCCCCCACAGGAGCUGGAGUGGAACAGGAAGGUAGACAUGGUCCAGCAGCUGAUAAACCAGACCCUGAUGCUGUCUGGGGACGGAGGCUGCCCUCCCCUCCUCCUCCUCCCCGUGGGGACCGGGGGCACCUUAAGCCCCCUGGAGAGCAGCAUGUGGCCUCUGCUGCCUCAGGUCCGCCCUCCUGCUGCCACCGUCACCUCCGUCAGCAGCUACUCCCCCGACAGCCGGGGCAGCUCCCCCACCGGGGACUGGACUGUGGUGGAGGUGGAGACUCAGCACUGAAGAGCGACCACCGACGAGUUCACCAACAAAUCAAUGAGUUGAUUUUAAAAGGAGCAGUUCUACAUUUUGGGAAAUGACGCUUGCUAGUAGAAGGUUAGCGUAAAGCUAGUGGGCAUCCAGUUAGCUUAGCUUAGCAUAUAGAAAAAUAGUUAGGUCACAAAACAACUAGCUCUGAGCUAGCAGCAAACUCAAACUACCAGCACCUCUUAAGCUAAUUCAUUAACCCAAGUGUAGAAGAAACAAAGUGCAGUUUUAUAUGGACCCCAGGAAGUAACUUGGAUUCCUCUUCAAUAAAAACUAGAAAAAACCUUUGUUAAUCAUUGGCUUUAGAAUUGCAUUUUGUUAGUAAUGAAUAGAGCGAGGCUUCCAGUCUUUAUGCUAAGCUAAGCUAACUUGCUGCUCGCACAAUCUUCAAGAAAGAAAGUUUCCCAUGAAUGUCAAACUGUUCCUUUAACCAUGCUUAUGACUGUUAAUCAUAUCUGAAGCCACACGGGGAUUCUUAGGAUCAGAGUAGCCCUCACACGUCUCAUCAUCACGUGACCCCACACAAUUGAUUUCACUUCAACAUCCUUUGUGCCGUUAGAGUAAAUACACCGUAGUAGCACCGAGUCACCCAGUCAUUUAUAUCUCACGCUGUCCCCUCACACUAAAGCAUGCUUCCUUACCAGAGGCGCUUCAUAGCAAGUCCUCUUUCUCACUCUCCCGCCCCAGUGCACUGUGACCGUCUGAGAAACACUGUGGUCGUGUGGUGUGAGCCUUUUAUAUGUGUCCAUACCAGAUACUGAGACCAGACGUUGGUCACCCUCUCCAGCGAGAGGCCGAGCUAUGACAAAUUGCACUAGUUUUUCUUCUAUUUAUUGUGUGAGGCCAAAGUAUUUACACAGGUAAGUGGCCCCACUGUUAAACGGUUUUCAUGUUUGUGGAUUUAACAACCUCCAGAAUCCUUAUUGCGACCGUGUGUACAAAUAGGAGUGAUGCUCCAAUAUGCCCCCCCCCUCCUAAUCCCUACAAACCUACGUGCACUCGUCUCUGGUCCGUCAGUGUUGCUGUGAGUCCACUGGCAGGUUCUCGUGGACUUGAAGUGUCUGUCAUGGAGGGAGAAGGAGAGAAAGAAGAGGGCCCUCCUUGUUUGCUGCAAGAAGGGGGAUGGUUAGGAGGGGGCUGAAAUCGAGGGGGGGUUGUGGGGUUACUGGUGUCUUCCCUCCUGCAUUCCUAAGUUGUAACCUCACGUCCCGGGUCGCCCGGCAUUCAGGAGGUCUCCUGGGUUACCGAUGAUGUCAUGGCGGGAGAGAAAGGAGGACGUCUGAGAUGAGACAAUGCGUCUCUCCGGGGAGGGGGGAGGGGGGGUAGGAGGGGUUUUGCCAGUCGAGCACCAACGGCCCGUGCUCAGUAUGUAUUAUGUAUUCAGUAUGAAAUAACUCCGUCCUGCGUGUGUGUAUUUUUUGUGCAAUAUAUCCAAAAUGCUUUAAACUUAUCAGGAUAGCUUAUAUCGGUAACUGUGAUUUUUCAAAUGUCAUGCUGGCAGAGAAGGAGGAAACAAAGAGGUACACCUGUGUCUGCCUCUUUGUGUCUGCAGGAGACAAAGCGCGUAGAAAUGCUAAAAAGCAGCACCGCCACCUGUGGGCUGCAUGAGGGGGACACCCGAUGGAUCUACAUGUAUUUUAGCCUUCACCUACUGUUCCUCACUGCUGCUAUGAGUAAUAUGCACAAUUUUAUAUGACACAGGAGUUACGUGGAUCUCAAGCUAAUAUUUAUGACAUUUCAAAGCAGCAUGUACAGACAAUAGUUUUCUAAAUCAGGUGACAAUUUAUACUGCAGUCACACUGCAUGUUUUGUUAAAGGAUAUCUAACGUAUGGCCACUGCUGCUCUUUGCUGCUUUAAUAUCAAACAGUUUCUAUAUAUCUAUAUAUAGCUAUGCACAAUCAACAAUAAUAAUGCAUGCAUUUAUAACCUUUAUUUCCGCCUACAUUGUUUUAAUAUAACAGUGCCUCGUUCCUUUAAGUUUGUAUUUUUGUGCAACUUUGACAUCAAGGUUCAUACGAUGCAAUUGUUUUGUGGAUAUUUGUGGUCUUUUGUAUUGCAGAAACUUUUCUUGUGUUGUGCCAAAAUUCACUCCCAAUAUUAAAUAAAAAUUGAUGGAUCUAGA